CCCACUAUAGGAAGUCAGACGUCACCUUGCUGCAGCAAACGCUGUUCUCACAUCAUCUUUUGGAUUGCACAAGGCACAUGAAGCCAACCAGAGAAGAUUUAACAAACUUGAACUGACUCAAAAAGCAAUGGCUGACAACUUCACCGCUCUGCUGUUUUUUCUGUGCAGUCUGACUGUGGCCCUAGCAGACAGCAACGUCUCUUGCUACAGAAUUGAGCCAGGGACAAUAGCAGGCGUCAUCGCUGCAGAUUUGUUGCUGACUCUUAUCAUUGUGGUCGUCACCUACCGAUGUGCCAGUUUCCGUCGUCAGAAAAUAGAUAACGCUGACAAGGUUUAUAUGAAUGUUCGGGCCAACGUGAAGAACAUAAAAUAAAAAUGUUUUAUUAAUCAUUAUCCUAAAGUGGUGGCUCUCUUUACUAUUUUUUUCAGACAAGUAUUUUUACAGCAUCCUCCAUAAUUAUUGAUAUUCCUGGUAAAUAUGUGCAGAAAAAGCUUUGAAACAAGAUCAUAAUUUGCUAUUGCCAUAAUCCUGCUGCUGUUUUCUAACGGCAGCAGGCAGUAUUUUUCUAAAAAAAUACUUUUUUAUCACCCUCCCUCAUUUCCUCUUCCUCCAUGUGUGCGUUUGGCAAGUAAAGCUCAUCAUGCCUCGUUUGUUACAGUCUACUUGCUACAAAAUGUUUAGAAUUGCUAUAUGAGCAAGUUCUGGUGAGCAGCUAUUUUAUUGAAUCCAUUUCUUAACUAAUUACUCUGGCUUAUUUGAAUGGUAUUUUCUAUUGACUGUCCCAUUUUGAAGAGUAGAUAAGAGAAAUUGCUGUCAGUGUCACAACAUUUCAGCACAACAUGAAAACACCCAGUAAAUAUUCUCUGAUCAAACUUUAAAAACUGGCACUAUAAAUGUUACACCAGUAAUUUGCAAAAAUACUUGGUGUCAAAAUUGUAAUUUUUAAUGUUAUUUAAUGAUUGUGUUUUUUGUAUUCUUGACUGAGUAAAUCUACUUGUAGCAAUGAUUAAAAAAAUCUCUUGUUGCUGCAGUAAAUGUUAAUUUUGUUUAAAUGGAGUAUUUUUUUAAUUAUUUAACCAAGGAUCCUCACAAUCCUUAAGAACACCAUUUUAAAAAGGUAGUCAAACUUUCAUGAUGUCUUACAGAAUUUGCCAGAUCCCUAUUUUAAUCACCUUUCAAAUUAACUUUACUUGAUCAUUUAGGCCCAUUGCUGUUUAAAGAUAAAAUAAAUAGUAUUCAUUUUAAACACACAACAACAACAAAACCGACUUAUUUUGGGUAUUUAAACUUCCCACAAAUUCUUGUUGGGGCUCAGUCACAUUUAAAAGAUUGGUACGUUUCGUUUUAGUUUUUUGUUUUUCUUCUACAUUUUUACUAAGUUUUGCAAUGAAAGCUUUGGAAAUGAAGAACUAAUUGUGAACUGAAAAAAAAUGUGGUUGAAUGUUAUCUGUGCACAUUAAAUAUUGGUUAGAACUACGUAACAGCGCUCUCUGCAGAUUGCUUUUGAUAUAGAUUAGACUAGACAAUGGUUGGAAAUGAUUUAUGGGAUUUUAAAAACAAUAUUGUCUUUGAACAUUCUCUUGAUUAUGCACUAUCCAACUAUUACUUUAUUAAUGUAUACAUCAUCUAAUGUGCUGUUUUAGCUUUGUUCUAAAUAAAUUUCUGAAGCCUA